AUGGAGGAAGAGUUUGGCGAGGGUAUGCUCUCACCCCAAGUGGGCGAGGGUGGUCUAACUUCGCCCACCGCCAUAUCACGUUUCAUCAUCGAAGAACCUAUAAAGGAAAAGAAACUUACCUUCGACGAGGCCUCAAAAUGUCUCAACACCUUGGGCAAAGACGAAAGCGGAGUAAGAUACGCCUAUCUGAUGAUCACCGCCACUGCCAGGAAACUAACCGACAUCUCCAUCAUCCUCAACUUCAAGCACGUGUUGUUCAUAGACCUCAGCGAUAACUUCUUGAAUUUGGACGCGCUGCAGGUGCUUUCGGGGAUGCCUUUUCUGUUGUAUCUCAAGGUAGAGAGGAACAAAGUAGAAUCAGCAGCUUUGGAACCGAUGUAUUACUUACAGUGUCUGAAUUUGAACAUGAACCAAGUCACAGAGACUUGUGACAUUAAUCAACCACAAUUGGAGACUUUGGAACUGCAAGACAACUUGAUAUACACCAUCCAGUUCGACAGCGAACGCCUGAGUAACCUCAAAAUGUUGAACUUGCGAGGCAACCAACUCAUUGACUUCUCUGGUACGUAUCCCUCCUCUUUAGAGAAGCUGUACAUGAAUCAAAACAAGAUAAGCAAGAUCGUUGUGGAUUUCUCAAAGUUGACCAAUUUGAAGAUCUUGCAUCUCAGGGACAACCAGAUAAAAAAACUGAACGGGUUCUCAGAUCAACUACCAAAUUUAACUUACUUAAAUCUGAGAAACAACAAGAUUAAUAAGUUGAGGGAGUUCAGGAAACUACAGUGCCUUCCUAAACUGGACACGCUGAUAAUCCUAGAAAAUCCUGUUUGUGGAACUAAAGAACUUCAAGUUCCAGGAGAAGGCGAUGAAGAAGUGGAUGAAGAAGAGAUGUUCGGUGAGGACCAAUUUGUUUCAAAGGAUCCAACGCGGAUUCCUAUUAUAGUUCUGCUCCCCGAUUUGAAACGCCUCAAUAAAGACGCCGUCACUUUCGAAGAGAAAGAAGAAGCCGAACUGAGGAAAAAAAAUAUUCUAGAGCAGAUCUUCGAUGAACUGAGCAGCGAGGAAGAAACAGAACUGCCAACUACAACGGAGUUUACGACGGACUAUACCACAGACACAGAGGCUGGUGCGUACACCAGAGGCAGCGUUACCGCUGACGAUGAGGAUGACGAAGUACUUAAGAAGGGAACCCCUGUGACGGAGACCGAAGAUCCGAGCAACACCGAGGCAACGGAUGAGAAUACAACUGGUGCACCUACGGAAGAGUCGCAGUGGACGAGUGGGGUGAGUGGAAAUUUGAGUGCAAUGCCUACUGAAAAUCCCUUGGGACUCAUCAAGGAAGACGUCGACGGGGAAAAUAAAGAAAACUGA